AUGAGCUCUUCUUCUUCUCCUUGCUGUCCUCCUGGUUCCUGGGAAGGACCCCUGAACACUCACGGUCCAUCUAAUCCCAAAGGCGUGACCUUUACAUUUCCCAAUUCGGACUUGAAGGCGUAUCACAUUGGUCCUUCCGAUGGGAAGGAAACGACUAUUGGCAUUAUCGUCUUCCACGAUGUCUGGGGUCUUCUUCCGCGGCUGUUGAGUAUUUGCGAUGUCCUGGCGGAAGAGCUGCAUUGUCACGUGAUAGCUCCCGACUCAUUCCGAGGCAAAACCAAAGACGACGUGACGGACAUGGUCGCAUGGAUGAAAUCGCAUCCCUACGAACCCGAAAUUGCCGGCGACAUUAAGCUCUGUCACGACUAUUUGCAAAUCAAACAUGGCAUUACCCAGUGGGGAGCGCUAGGUUUUUGUUGGGGUGGUUGGGCCAUUGCCAAGUCCGCCGCAGCCGGAUUCCCAUGGAAAGUCGCAGUGUCCCCUCAUCCGAGUCUCGUGGUUGAAUCCAAAGUGUUUGGAGGAUCCGAAACCGAAAUGGUGGACAAGAUUCAAAUGCCGUUUUUACUUCUUCCGGCAGGGAAUGAUCCCGAUAGUGUCAAGCCAGGUGGUGAACAUGUGAAGACGAUCGAGGCUAAAGGAGGCAAAUCCAUCCCGUUUGAAGACAUGGUACAUGGAUGGACCACGCGAAGUGAUCUUUCGGAUCCAAAGAUAAAAGAACAGGUGGAAAAGGCGCUCUCCUUAUCGUUGGAGUUCCUCAAGGAACAUUUGAAACCAUGA